GCAGUGAUGCACAUGAUUGUAGUUAAUGGGUUCAUUUAACCACGGUUAUAACUUCUCACUUUAAAUUUUGCUGUGCUUCUUUCUGUGAUUUUACUUUUCCUUCCUAGAGUUUUCCCCCUGUGACACUUUGCGUGUUAAAGCUGCACCGACACCCUUAGACCGUGUCUUAAUUCCAUCUCCGCUAACACUUCGUUUCAUCCUCAUCUCUAAUCCGCCAGCGCUAUUAAAAGGUGCUUGCUCCUCCUCCAGGGGCUGUGAAGAGCCUAUUUUUUGGGGUCAGUCCCUCAUUUCCACCUUGGUUGCACCACAAGGCUGGGUAAUAGUGCUUCUGCGAGGCACAGCUUGUUUGGUCCAGACCUCAGAGGAAGAAGAGGACAACAGCAGCCAUGAAUGGCACAGAGGGACCCAACUUUUAUGUCCCCAUGUCUAAUAGGACUGGGUUGGUACGCAGUCCGUUUGAGUACCCUCAGUACUAUCUGGCCGAGCCAUGGAAGUACUCCCUUCUGGCUGCAUACAUGCUGUUCCUCAUCAUCGCCGCCUUCCCCAUUAACUUCCUCACCCUUUAUGUCACUGUCGAGCACAAAAAGCUGAGAAACCCUCUGAACUAUGUCCUGCUCAACCUGGCGUUGGCCGACCUCUUCAUGGUAGUCGGAGGCUUCACGGUCACUCUGUACACGGCCCUGCACGGAUACUUCAUCUUAGGUGUCACCGGCUGCAGCGUUGAGGGAUUUUUUGCCACACUAGGAGGAGAGAUCGCCCUCUGGUCUCUGGUGGUUUUGGCGAUAGAGCGCUACGUUGUGGUCUGCAAGCCGAUGACCAACUUCCGCUUUGAGGAGAAACAUGCCAUUGCUGGCCUGGCGUUCUCGUGGGUCAUGGCCCUGACCUGUGCGGCCCCCCCUCUCUUUGGAUGGUCUCGGUACAUCCCAGAGGGAAUGCAGUGUUCCUGUGGGAUCGACUACUACACUCCCAAGCCUGAGAUCAACAACACCUCAUUUGUCAUCUAUAUGUUUGUCCUUCACUUCUGCAUCCCCCUCUUCAUCAUCUUCUUCUGCUACAGUCGCCUGCUCUGCACCGUGCGAGCGGCUGCAGCCCAGCAGCAGGAGUCGGAAACCACCCAAAGAGCAGAAAAAGAGGUGACACGUAUGGUGAUCGUGAUGGUGAUCUCCUUCCUGGUGUGCUGGGUGCCCUACGCCACCGUGGCUUGGUACAUCUUUGCCAACCAGGGAACGGAGUUUGGACCAGUGUUCAUGACCGCACCGGCCUUCUUCGCCAAGAGCGCCGCUCUGUACAACCCAGUCAUCUACAUCCUGCUCAACAGACAGUUCAGGAACUGCAUGAUCACCACCGUGUGCUGUGGAAAGAACCCAUUUGGAGAUGAUGAGGCCUCUGCCGCUGUCUCCAGAACCCAGACUUCAUCUGUCUCCUCCAGCCAGGUGGCCCCGGCUUGACCCCCUCACUCCUCCUCUAUCUGCUCCAUCUGUUACCACUCACCCAGGGACCCACCAACGCCGAGCAGCAAAUCCUGGGAUUGUCCAAUCCUCUCAACUUACCUCUCCGAUUGUCCUCACCGCAGUUGGCAGCGCCACAACGUCAGUGGGACAGACACCAUCAGGAGCCAGCAUGUGUACUUUCAGCUCGUUUAAUCAUGGAAAGUGUUCAGCUGGUCUCGCAGAUUUUUAACCCGGCAUCAAAAGGUUGCCAUCUUGGUAGGAUUCCAACUGAACACUGUCCAAGCUCCCCACUAACCCCCCAACAUGUCAUAGGUGAAAAUGAAAUUCAGAUGAAUGGCUUCAAAUUUGUUUUAUUUAAUAUUUGGGUUUACUUAGAUGUUUAUUUCUUUAGAUAUUCAGCAGUUUCGUGUGAAUCGGAUUAUUCCCUCCUGGUUUUUACGGUGGUGGAGAUGAGAUGAUACGCUUGUUGUUUUUCCCAAUUGGAGUAAGUCCGUAAGAUGAGGAUCUAUGUGUCUGGCAGAUGUUUCUGUAUCUGAAAAGGUGCCAGAAUGUGAGUUAAAUGUGUGUAUAAACAGAGAUAUGAGCAGUAUUUUCUUUGUUGUGAAGACGUGAGUUUGUAGAAGUCAUUUUAUGUCUUGCAAUUAAAACACAAGCUGAG